GUCUUUGUGGUUGAAUGUGUGUUUGAAAUUCACUGCUCGACUAAGGGACCUAACAGAUAAUUGUAUGUGGGGGGUACAGAGAUGGGUAGUCAUUCAAAAAUAAUGUAAAAAGGCACUAUUAUUGCAAAGUAUUAUGGCAAUGCAAAGUAUAAUGUGACUUGUUCAACACAUUUUUACUCCUAAACUUAUUUAGGCUUGCCAUAACAAAGGGGUUGAAUACUUUCUGCAGACACUAUAUCUAGCUUCAAACAGAUUCAACUUGAUUCACUGAAGCAUUCAAUGACACUUGUCUCAGUGUUAAAAAGCUGUUGUGCUCCACUGAACAUAACCUGGGUGUCUUUAUUGUAAAGUUUCUAGUUGGUACUGUUGGUGGUACAGGGCAAUGUUUCCUCUUUGCUGUCUUUCACCUGUCGUUCAUUUGUACCGUCACAUUCUCCAGUGGAAACAUUCUGGGGGUUACUGUACACAAACCUGUCAAUGCUUCACCUGGCUCAGUAAACACAAAAUGACUGUGUGUGCAUCCCAAAUGGCACCCUAUUCCCUAUAUAAUGCACUACUUUUGACCAGGGCCCUGGUCAUGUCUUUACCUCAACCUAAAUGUUAUUUUUUGGCAAGGCUCAUUUUCAAAUAAUGAUUAUACCGUUAAAUAAUAUUAUUCCAGCCUGAGCGUUUUCUGUGUAAUAAAACAAUGGUUCAACUUUAUUCCUAUGCAAUUACAGGAAUAGGCUAACAUACAGUACAGCGUUACUACACAGGUAUAGAGCAUUAAAACAUGAACUGUUUUGUUGAGUUUAAUUAUUAAAGACACCCUAUACCUCCAUGAUUGUUUUUAAAGUUACAUGUUUAGGCUAAAUGUCUUACUCAUGAGAAACAAGAACAACAAUACUCUUCUCUUUCAUUCUAUUUUCCCUCUCCUCUCAGUCUGUCAACUAGCACUCAAAUUUCAAAGCAGAAAAUUAUUCUUGUACCUCAGGCAUAUCAGCAUUUGCUAGCAAUUUGGGAGAGAUGUUUGUUCACCGAUCUUCACAGAUGAAGAUUGUGUUUCACUAAAGGGAAGGCGGAGCCAAGCGUAAUUCUGGACAGCUGCCUGUUCUUAGCCAACCUGAGUCCAGACUUGAUUUGAAAAUAGACCAUUAUGUAAAAACUAAGUAAACGUUUAGAGAUGAGUGCAUUUAACCUUUCUCCGAGUCUUUAAGCUUUUUGGCAGACAAGCCAAAGAAACAAAGUUGAGCAGGCUAACCCAGCUGUGGCCUAACAUCCUCAAACAACAGAUCUUGUGAGAGCAACUCGACAACCUCACAAUCCCUCUCCUGAUUUUACGGUGUCGCCCAUCUUCCCCACUUAUCCUCUGUGUUUUCGGUCUGUCUGUGAGUUUCCUCGCGGUCUGAUGGAAGGGUUCCAGGCCGUGGCCGAACGUCAUGACCUAGCCUUGGACGCAUUGCGGGAGCAAUUCCGUGGGUUGCCUACUAGGCAGCCUACCACGACGGUAACCUCCCAGCCCCUCUGUGACCCGGCUGGUAGCAGCGCCGUCACCCCGCUUACCUCCCCCAGAGCCCUACGAUGGAGAUUCCAGAACCUGCCGGGCCUUUCUCUCCCAGUGCUCCCUCUUUUUCGAGCUGCAGCCUUCUUUGUUCCCCUCGGACUGCUUGAAGAUAGCGUACAUUAUUACACUCAUGUCCAGGAGGGCUCUAGCCUGGCCACGGUGGUGUGGGAGCAAGAAUCCGCCGUCUGCCUCAGUCUGGAGGUAUUCGUGGCGAAGGUGAGAAAAAUUUGAGGCUCCGGUGUCCAGGAGAGAGGCUGCCCGGAAGUUGCUUCGGCAUGACACCCUCAGUGUGGCAGACUAUGCGGUGGAGUUCUAGCAGUGGAGAGUAGCAGCGGAGAGUACCUGGAACCGCUGUUUGACAUUUUCCUGCACAGAUUAUCGGAGGAGGUAAAGGAUGAGCUGGCAGCCCAAGAUCUACUGACGGAUCUCGACUCGCUCAUCGCUUCAACCAUCCAGAUCGAUGGUCGGCUACGGGAACCUAGGAGGGAGAAGCGGUCCGAUUGCGUACUCAGAGAUCUCACCUUGCAGCUGAUGAACUCCGGAAGUUCCCAGCGUCUUCGUCCCGAGAGGAUCCGAGCAUACCCUAGUCCUCCAUGAGCCCCCGGAGACUGCCAAUUCACCUCUUCCCGAGCCGAUGCAGCUCGGCAGGUGCUAGGCUGUCUCCAGCCGAAUGGGUACGCAGACUUGAGACCCAGAGUUGUCUGUAUUGCGGUACUGAUGAGCAUUUUGUGCCUACCUGUCCCUUCAAGAGACCUAGCUCAUUCGUUGGAGUGAGUACACUGGUGGGUCUUAAAGAUAAUUGUUAUUGUCCCCUUACUCGCCCCCCUCUCCAUGUCACCCUGCUGUGGGGCGACCAGUCCAAGUCUCCAGGUACUCAUCGAUUCGGGGGCCGAUGUGAGUCUCAUGGACGUUACCCUGGCAUCCGAGCUGGGCAUCCCCACUCAACCCCUCUCCAUUCCCAUGGGUGUUUGAGCGCUGGACGGGCGCUUUAUAGGCCUGGUCAAACACCAGGCCACCCCCGUCAACCUACGAGUGUCGGGGAACCACAGCAAGAUGAUCCAAUUCCUGCUGGUUGAGUCUCUACAGAUUCCCAUGGUAUUUUGAUUUUCUUGGCUCCAAUGACACAAUCCCUCCAUUGACUGGGCUACUGGUGCCAUCGUGGGCUGGAGCCCGUCCUGCCACACUCAUUUCCUGAAGUCAGCUCUACCUGCCCCGGGAUGUCUUCCUGGGGGCUUGGAAAUUGCCCCGGACCUCUCCGCCAGCUUCGCGGAGUACCAGGACCUCCGGGAGGGGUUCAAUAAGGCCCGAGCCACUUCGUUUCCACAGCACCGACCGGUAUCCAAGAAGGUCAAGCCUGAGGCGCUGGCACGCCACUAUAGUGCCACGGCUACACCCCUGGAAUCUGAGACCUUUCCCCCCAGCUCCAAGAUCAUUAGCCCCUCUGCUGUUUGUCCUCUGUUGCCCAGUACCCUCCGUAUUUUUCCUACUUUUUCUGUGUCUAGAGUCAAAACCAUGUCUGACUGCCCCUUGUCUUGUUUUUAGGCCCAUUCCUCAUCGAUGGUCAUCAAGGGCCUGCCAGCGUAUACGGUGAGACGCCUCCUGAGGGUUCAACCACAGAGCAGGGGUUUCCAGUACCUGGUUGACUGGGAGGGUUAUGGCACUGAGGAAAGGUGAUGGGUUCCAGCUAAAAGACCCGGCCCUCAUCAUCGACUUUCACCGUCGGCACCCCAGUCAACCAAGUAUCCGCCCAGGUGGAACGCCAGAUGGCGUCCCUAGUUUCUGUUUCACUUUGUAUGACAAACAGGGAUUCUUGCUGAAGCUGGGUGGUAAUCUACCUUUGGAGCUGAUGUACAAGUAUGGUAAUCUCAGCGAGGGAGUCUGUAAGCCUGGCUACGCAGCUGCCAAGAUGACCGCCAUCUAUCCAAUGUUCGCUAAACCAGCCCCUAUGUUCCUCGAUCCAAACUUUAGACGAUUCUCCAAGAUCAGCAACUUUUUCUCACCUUUUGGAAUAAAAACGCAAGAAAAGAUCAUAGAUAAUAUUCUGACAGCAACGAAGAGCUAUGGUCUGGGUGAGGAGCUGGACAGUCAGAGUUGUAAGAAGUGCAUCAUCAUGGGAAAUGGUGGUAUUCUGGCCAACAAGUCUAUGGGUGUGAAGAUUGACGAGUACGAUGUGAUUGCAAGGUUAAAUGAGGCUCCAGUGUCUGGCUAUGAAAAGGAUGUGGGCUCCAAGACCACCAUGCGUAUCACCUACCCAGAGGGAGCCAUCCAGAAGACUGAACGCUACGAACAGGGCUCCCUCUUCGUCCUCUCUGCCUUCAAAGCUCUCGACUUCAAAUGGCUGCGGUCCAUAAUCUUUAAGGAGAGGCUGCGUAGCACAGAAGGGUUCUGGAAGUCUGUGGCCCGUCAUGUCCCCAGGGAGCCCAGUGAGAUGAGGAUCCUCAACCCUUACUUCAUCCAGGAGGCUGCCUUCAGGUUCAUCGGCCUGCCUCACAACAACGGACAGAUGGGGAGAGGGAAUAUUCCGACCCUGGGGACGGUUGCCAUAACAAUGGCCCUCCAUAACUGUGAUGAGGUAGCCGUGGCUGGAUUUGGCUAUGACAUGAGCACCCCUCACGCCCCCCUACACUACUACGAGAAGAUCAGGAUGGCGGCCAUCAAAGAGUCCUGGACUCACAACAUUUCUAAGGAGAAGGAGUUCCUGAUUAAGCUGGUGAAGGCUGGGGUUAUACAGGACUUGACCAAUGGGAUCUGUGGCUCAGGAUGCUGAUGACAUCAUCCAGCCAAUCCUAGGUCACAGAGAGAGAGAUAGAGGAGAAACACGGAAGCAGCAUUGUGAAGUCCUGCUCUGUUCCCCCAACCUAACCCUAACCCUGGCUGAGCCAUACUGUAUUCAGGAAAGAAGGCUGGUGAAGGGUUCUGAAGGGUUUCUCGCUCUGACAGAGGAGAACUGUGGUAAAUGGCAUAAUCCCUGCACUACACUGGAGAGAUAGGACUACAACAUUCUAGAAUUCUCUAGAAAACCGAGAGCUAGAACUCUCUAGAACACUGAGAGCUACACACGAUUCUGUUUCAGGGUUUGCUGCAGUGUGACAUUACAGUUUGAUGAAAAGAUGGACUGACAAUCUGGACAUAAUGGGUUGUGCCAAGAAUACCUCUGGAUAAGGAUAGAGGACAUGCCUCUACUCAUACUUCUACAGUAUACCUGAAUGUAUUCUGUCACCACGUACGCAUCACUGUUAUAUAUUUAUUUUCAUCUCUUGUAAUGGCAGCAUUGCCCUCUAUCUGGGCUCAGUCGAAUAGGUUUCCAGACAGGUAGCAAAUAAUGCACAUACAUAUUCUGCUUCUAAUGUAUCUGGAAGUGGACGGAAGGGCCGGUGCUCAUGGUUUAGAAGCCCUCCACACCUUCCUUCCCCCCUUUAAGAUAUGUUUUUAAAUGAUUUACCUUGAGAGAUUACUUUGUUCCCCUCUGUCUUUUUUAAAAUGCAAAGAACAAAGGAAAAAAAUGGGGGGUGAGGAGUGACCGACCCCCCUCACUGGAUAAACAUGUUUUAUUUUCACAGAAGCACUGGGCUUUGUGUCGUCUUCAGUUCAUCAGUGUGCUUCCCAAUCUGUCCUGGAUCACGUUUCAGACUGUUACUCUGGUCUUAAUGCUGUUGUAUUUGUCUAUAGGGCUCUGAUCAAACAUUGUGCACUAUAUAGGGAAUAGGGUGCCAUUUGGGGUGCAUACUUUAUUUCAAGUCUGCAUGGCCUGCAAACAUAAUCAGUGUUACUACUUACUACUGUCAGUUGUUGUUUAAACAAUUGAGGUUUAUCCAUUUUAAAUGUCUUGUUUUAUUUCUUUGUUCAUUUUUGCCAAAAUGGAUUGUAUUUUGUUAAGCAAUAAUAUAUGGUGUCUUAAUUGCCGUUCUCUGUUCAGCCACAUAUUAUCUUAUUUUCUACUCAUAUGCACAAGCCAAAGCACUUGAAUUUCUCAUCGCUCAGACACAGCAGUGGAGGCUGCUGAGGGGAGGACGGCUCAUAGUAAUGACUGAAUUGAGUCAAUGGAAUUGUUUCAACCACAUGGAAACCAUAUGCCUGAUACAAUUCCAUUGACUAAAUUCAGUCAUUACUAUGAGCCGUCCUCCCCUCAGCAGCCUCCACUGAUACACAGUCACUACACUAGGGAGCGUUGUGCAUCAAGAUGGUUUGACAAAUGAAAUAAAGCAGAUUAUAACUCUG